AUGACGGCGGCCAUAGCCGUGACAUCACUCUUGACCGGCACCCUGGCCACAUGCGCAACAUCACCAUCCAUUAAUACCACAAGCGGUCUCAUUAUUGGACACUCGGCCGCGAACAGAUCUGAGGUCACGGAGUUCUUGGGCAUCCGUUACGCGAAGGCGCCGGUUGGUGACUUGCGUUUUGCUCCGCCCGAACGGUACCUCGCACCAGAGGGAACUGUGUAUGAGGCGUCAAAUUGGGCACCGGACUGCCUAUCUAUCAAGCCUCCUGUUAGCUCCUUUCCGAACUUCUCGGAACCGUCGGGCCUCCACGUUUGGAAAAACUUUGCUGCGCAGAACGGGAAUCCAUCAAGCGAGGACUGUCUCAUGUUGAACAUCUGGACGAAAUCUCCGACUCCAUCAGCCAAUAAGCCGGUGCUCAUUUGGUUUCAUGGUGGCCGUGAGUACCCUGCCAUCUUUAUCCGGACUUCCCUGACUGUUGUAGGAUUUACUAUACCUGGCCCGCACAGCCCCUUCUAUAAUGGGCAGUAUCUCUCGGCUGCCGAGGAUGUCGUUGUGGUGACGCCGAACUACCGCCUUGGAAUAUUCGGUUUCUCAGGGGCGCCGGGCUUGCCACAAAACGCCGCCCUGCGUGACCAUCGAUCUGUUGUAGAGUGGACGCGAGAUAAUAUCGCAGGCUUUGGCGGCGAUCCGUCUCGCAUCACCAUAUUCGGACAGAGUGCAGGCGGUGCAUCGGUGGACUAUUACUCGUUCGCAUGGAAGGAUGAACCUAUUGUGGCAGGACUGAUCUCCCACUCAGGAACCUCUCUCAGCUUCAACCCAAACUCCCAGGAGUAUGCGCAGAGAAUUUUCUUCAAUGUUUCGCAGGCUGUUGGUUGUGGUGGACCCGAUGACGACUCCGACACGGUGGUGAAUUGUGUUCGUCAGGCCAACUCAUCGGCAAUACUGGCAGCAGCGGCAAAGGUGCCAGCACUGCCGACCAUCGCCCUUGCCCAGGCUACAUUUCAUCCAACGGUAGAUGACGAGCUAGUGUUUGGCAACUAUCAGACCCUAGCAGAGAAUGGAUCUUUCUUUGAAACACCGUAUCUACUUGGGAAUGCAGACUUUGAAGCCGGAUGGUACAAGCUCUCAGCCUGGGCCGCCAGGGUAAAUUUGACAGAGUCGCAAUGGGACCUUUACAACCAGCGUGCGUUCACCUGCCCGACAGGAUCUUCGGCACAGUAUCGAGUUGCACGCGGUGUACCGACUUGGAGGUACAGGUAUCAUGGGGAUUGGGACAACCUGCGCCUCUACAACAGUACCGCGGGUCUCGGGGCCAGGGGUAGCGGUGCUUAUCACGGCUCUGAUGUCGAGAUGGUCUUCGGCACAGGGCAAGACGUUUCGGGGGUCCCAAACUCUGCUGACGAGGAUGCCGUCUCGGCAUACAUGAUGGGUGCUUGGGCUGCUUUUGCACGAGACCCUGUGCAGGGGCUAGCUGAGUACGGUUGGCCAUCAUAUGAGACCUCACGGGAAACUUUGGUUGAGUUGGCGCUAGAAAACAACCUACAGCCGGUGUUCGUGGAUCCUCAGGUGUAUGAUGCUGCAUGCCCUAUUGUGAAUGAUCCAUCACCCGGGCAAGGCGCGUUCUGA